GCACAUAAUUUCAGAGUACCAAUUCUUUGAUGAGGAUGGUGAAGGCAUGCCCAUUAUAACGCUUGAAGUAAUGUCUGAAACGUCACAAACAGGUCCGUUACCAGAAAUGCAAGAAAUUAUACCCCUUGAGAAAAUAGAAGGCCCUCAAGAUGUAGGAGUACACUUUUUAACAGAUAAACCAGAAGAAUCCGCAACUAAAGAUGGUGAAGACCCUGAAGUGAAAGAAACACCUAAAGGACGAAGUGAUUUGCUUGAGUAUGUAAUAAGAACUGAUGGUAGAGUUAUCUGUAAACUUUGUGGAGAAAUCCUUCAGAGUCGGACACAUUGGUACAGGCAUAAAUACAAACUGCAUGUGAUACAGCCACUCAACCCUGCGCCCUUAUUUCAAUGUGAGCAGUGUUUAGUUUACUUCAAGAGUAGGAAAGGUUACAUAGGGCACAUAGCAAGCAGACACAGUGAGGCCUUAACCGAUUCUAGUCCAGUAUCCACCCACGCGCAAGUAGAGUCCAGUAAUAUCGAAAAAGAAAUUGUACAGAAAAUUUCAGAAGUUAAAGAAGAACCUAAGGCUGAUUUGGCAGUUUCUAGAGCGGCUGAAAUAAAUUACCAGGCGACAGUUGUUAGAGAGCCGAUUUCGAAAAACUCAGAAGUUAAAAGAACCGCUAAAUCCAAGGAUUCAAGCAAAGUAGACUGGGAGGAAAAGCGUUCAAGAGAAGAAAAACUGGUAGCGGAUAUCAUAGACCGUGUUCGACGAGAGUGCGAGGCACAGGGUUCGGGCGGUUCGGCACGACGUGGUUACAGCCGCCGGACGACUGUGAUGCACACAUAACAAUCAUGAAAAAAAGCCUAUAAAUUAUGAUUCCAUGGAGUAAGUAUGAAAGUUCCUUUAGCUGUAAGAUAACGCAAUGUAAAAAGAAAUAUCAAUACAUAAGAAAUAAAAUCGAUAACUUACUCCGAUUAAUGGAAAAACAAAUUGUUACAAUA